AUGACCACCACCGCCGAAGAGCCAAAGCAGACCUACCGCGGCAACUGCCACUGCAAGACCUUCGUCUACGAGGUCCAGCUCCCAGAGAUCAAGUCCGCCAGCGCCUGCAAUUGCAGCCUCUGCUCCAGAAAGGGUACCCUCUGGGUCAUUCCCCAGCGCGACGACCUACGCUUCGUCAAAGGCGCCGAGGAUGACCUCUCGACGUACAACUUUGGUCCUGGCCAGAUUACGCACAAGUUUUGCGGAAACUGUGCUACGCCCAUCCUGGCGGAUUCCCCCAACGGAAUCGUCCUAAACGUGCGCUCGAUCCAAGACCUCGAUAUUUGGGGACUGGAGAAGAAGACUUACGACGGCGCGUCUUACGGCGCCAACUACGAGCCUCACACCCACAACGGUCCCAGGCCGACGGCCGAGGUCGAGGGGGGCAAAGUUUACACCGGCAGCUGCCACUGCGGCGCUCUGACGGUGGCUGUCGUCAGCAAGCCCAUUGACGAGACGUACGAAAACGAAGUCAUCGAGUGCAACUGCAGCAUCUGCGAAAGGAAUGGAUACGUCUGGGUGUACCCCAAUAGCGACCAAGUCGUGCUGACGGGAGACGACGACAAGAUUGGCCGCUACAUCUUUGGACACCACAUUCUCGCAAAGACGUUUUGCAAGAACUGCGGCGUCCCGAUCACCAACCAGUUCAACCCGCUGAGCGAGGAGGAGCAGAGUAAUCUGGUGGAGCUGGCGCAGUACUGGUACGAGAAGUCGAAGACGAGGCAUCCCGUCAACGCGCGGGUUCUCGACGGGGUGGAUGUGAAGAGUCUGAAGAUUAUCCAGAUCGAUGGCAAGGGUGAGCAUCAGCCUGGAUACGUGAACCCCUGA